AUGUCCAGAACAUCGAGUCAGCUGAGCGUUCCGCUCCCCGUCUUACUUGAGAAGAUGAAAUCGACUGAUUCAGAUCAUCGAGUAAUGGCGCUCAUUGAUCUCAAUAAAGAUCUCACUCGCAUCUUGGCUCCUCUUCCACCAAACACUACUUCUUCUUCUUCCUCAUCAUCGUCAUCAUCAAGACGAGCUCCUGAUCCAACUUAUACGGAUGAUUAUACCGAAACCACAUUAACGGAAAACGUACUAAGAUUAUUGGCGGAUACUAAUGCCGAAGUCAAGUCUUCUGCUGUUUCAUGUAUCGCUUUGAUGGUGCGCAAACCACGCCCUCAGGUUCUCACCAAUAUAGUCAAUUCCCUGUUGGAUGGUGUAUCAUCCAAUGAUGAGGAAAGAAGAGAUAUUUCAUGUCUUGCACUCAAAUCAGUCGUGCUGGAGAUGCCUGUAGAUGGCCAACACGUAGUCCAAAAUAUAGAGAAGAUUGUAACCCGUGUAUUUGCCCUUUUCAAGUCCGACAUACAUCCUCAACUCGCCUCAGAACUCCUUCAAACUCUUACAGACCUCUUCAAUCGAUUCUCUAACUUCAUCAUCAAUUCACCAAAUCUACAGACUACCUCUCUAUCGUCUUUGAACAAUAUACUCUCUACUGCCAGACCAGCAAUCAGGAAACGUGCUAUCCCAACUAUAUCAGCUUUAAUAUCGACCAAUCCAAGCUUAUUCGAUAGUUCCCUUAAAACCCAAAUACAAACUGGUCUUUCACAAUCACCAGAAUCUACCAGAGUGUGGCUAGGUGUAGUCGCUACUUUAGCUAGAGGAUUAAGUGUACAGAAAGUCGGUGCACUGUUAGCUGAAGAGAAAAUUGGAGAAACAGUUUUGAAACAAACUGAAAAUCCGGAAGAUGCCGAAACUGUAGAAGCUGCGUUAGUCGCUUUGGAAGUGCUCGUGCUCAGAUGUCCAACUGAGAUCGCUCCCUAUAUCUCCUCAAUUACCCAACGAGCUUUGACAUUGGUGAAAUACGAUCCGAACUAUGUCGAUAUUGAUGACGACGACGAUGUCGACAUGGAUGCUGAAGAGGACGAUGAGGAAGAUGACGAUUUCGAGGAGGAUGCCUACUCGGACGACGAAGAUGACUCCUGGAAGAUCCGACGUUCCGCCGCCAAGCUCGUGCUUGCUCUCAUUGGUACUCGGAAUGAGCUUUUGGGCGACUUUUAUGGCAACGCUGCCCCUGUCCUGAUCUCCCGGUUCAGUGAAAGAGAAGAAAGUGUCCGGCUCGAAGUUCUAGCUGCGUUCGAAGUCUUACUCAGGCAGACCGCGUCUGCGCGGGCCGCAGAAUUAGCCUCCGGUGGUAGGAAUAAAAGGAAAAGAAGCGAGGGUAUGGAUGAGGAUUAUGUCGCUGAUGACAGUAUCGCUUCAUACCUUCGCCCCGUAAUUCCUCAAUUGUCUAGAGCCAUAUUGAAGCAGAUAUCUUCCAAGUCCGUCCCCACUCGACAACAAUGCUUCGUCCUUCUUCGAGAAAUAUCCAAGGCUCUCAGUGGAGGUCUUGACGAUUCUGCAGACGCCAUUUGCACUGCGGCGACAUCUGCCAUCCGCUCUGUCGACAGUGCUACUUCCGCCUCCUUGGCUAUCGCGGCACUCUCUUUCCUCACUGCUUUCUUUGCCGAUCAUUCUCCUAAAAUUUAUGCCGAUCACCUGGCUCAAGUUGUACCAGCCAUUGUCCGAUGUUUGAAGGAUAAGCUGCAACGGAUCAGCUUCGAAGCUUUCAACGCCGUUUCAAGUCUUGCUCGCUCAGCUCGACCUAAAGGUACCAUGGCACCCUUACCCACGACCUUUGUACAGCCCAUUCAGCAGAUCUUCAAAGCUACCACGGAUAUCUUGGCAGAUAACAACGUGGAUGCGGAUGUCCGAGAAAAGGCUUUAGACACCCUCGGUUACCUUCUAGUACAUGAAGGCGACAUUUUUGCCUCGUCUUAUUCCACUGCUCUCCCACUCAUUACCUCUCGUCUCGCAAACGAGAAUACAGCUACCACAGCUGUGCUUGUGAUUGGAAAGGCGGCGGAAUCACCAUUGUGCAAAGGGCCAGAACUCGAGGCAUGGCUCCUUCAAGUUUUACCGGAAGUCGUCGUUGCGCUCAGGCGAACAAAGAGAUCGACCACAAAGAACAUGGAAUUUUCUUGUCUCUCCAACAUCCUCACCAGAGUCGGAAAUGGUCUGCCCGAAAAAACUGCAAUCGACAUCAUCGGAGAACUCCAACCCUUCAUCGACACACCUACUGCAUUACAAGUUGUAGCUUUGAUUCUUUCUCAACAACCGGCAUGUCGACCAGCCGUUGAUGCUCAAUUGUCGCCAAAGAUAAUGGAACUGAUCAAAACUCCUUCUGUAAAUCAACAUCUCGUUGAAGCACUUUCUUCAUUCUUCGCUGCGUACGUCGAUGGAGACCAAGACUGUACGACCAGACUUGUUCCUGCUCUAGUUGAGAAUCUUGGUAAAACAAAUUCCCUGCCGGACGCUACAAGAGGAGGAACCUCGACUUAUACUACCACUGCAAAAAUCAUUGGGACGACCGUAGCUCAUUCACAUCGGAAUACGGCUGGUGUUUUGGCCAUGUUUCAGAAGGUCAUAAAAUCUCCCAAGGCUACAGAGCCAGACGUGUACCUUUCUUUACUCUGUAUAGGUGAAAUCGGUCGUAUAACUGAUUUAUCUACCACACCCGACGUGUUCGAGAGGUCUUUAACAUUCUUUGAGAAUGACAGCGAAGAAGUGAGAAGUGCCGCCGCUUUCGCUACAGGUAACCUUGCUGUUGGAGCGCCCAAGGUAUUUUUACCUGCCAUCAUCAAGCACAUAGAGACUGCUUCUACCGAAGCUACAAGAUUGCUCCUGCUGCAUGGUCUGAAAGAGGUCAUUCUCCACUCCUCUUCUGCUCAACUUGAGCUUCUCGCCGACACAUUGUGGAAACCGCUUUUCGCCGAUGAUGUGUCCACCAAAGAAGGAGACAUUGGGGACGACGGUAUUCGAAAUGUGAAAGCAGCUUGUAUUGGUAAAUUGACGACUACCGCUCCUGGCAAAUUCCUUCCUCAACUUCAGGAACUCCUAAGAUCGAGCCCACAAAACCGAGCUAUAGUAGCCGCUGCUGUUAGAUAUACAUUCAUCGACACUUCUUCGUCGUAUGACGAAAUUGUCGCUCCUAUCAUUGUGGAAUUCUUGUCCUUGAUGAAGGAUACCAAUCUGAUCGUACGAAGAUUGUCAUUAGCUUCUCUCAACUCUGCCAUUCAACAUAAACCCCACUUGAUCGUAGAUAAGUUGAAUACUCUACAACCUUUAUUAUAUGAAGAAACUCAUAUCAAGAAAGAGCUGCAGAGAGAAGUCACCAUGGGUCCGUUCAAGGUCAUCGAAGAUGAUGGUCUUGAGAAUCGAAAAACUGCGUAUGAGACAAUGUAUACUUUGCUCGGCACUUGUUUCUCCAGAAUCGAUCUGCCAACGUUCACAGAAAGAGUCAUGGCAUCUUUAUCGGAUGUAAAUGAAGUCAAAGUCCUCGGUUUGAUGCUCUUACUUCGAUUAGGUCAAAUGUCACCCACAAGUGUUAUUCCAAGAUUAGAUGAUAUUACUAAUGCCUUGAAAGAUAUGAUGAAAGACGUUGAAGUCAGGGAUGAUACUGUCAAGCAGGACUUGGAGAGAAAGGAGGAAAUGCAACGAUCGACAUUACGUACAGCCGUACCAUUGUACAAGCUUUCAAGCCCACAACAAGCUCCGCAAUUCCAUACUUUUGUCAGUGCGUUGUUGGCAAGUGACAAAUGGAGAGACUUCAAAGAUUAUCAAGGAUCAUUAUAA